UAGACGGUAGUACGCGGCCAGUGUCGUUUCGUCGUUGUUCGUGUUCGUUCGUGCCGUCGUCGUUCAGUUCGCGUACGCAACACCCGCGUAAAUACAUACACAGCCGACGUGCGUUGUCCGCGAAAUUUAUUCAAUUAAUUGUAAACAAAAAACAACACGCGAUUGCGUCCGUCCUUGUUGCAUAGUAUUAUGAACGUUUUGUCGCCGUCAGUCGUCGUCUGACGGAACACUCGGCGCACGUAGAUCAAAACCUAUUAACGUCGUUGUCGUCCGUACGAAAAUGACACGCGGACGUCCGCGAGACGACGUCUCCGCAACAACGGUGUCGUUGUUGCUACUGCUGUCGGCGGCCGCGGUGUCAUCCGCCGACAACGUGACCGUAUUUCGGUGCUGCGGUCGCGGCGAGAUGCUCGACCCGACCGACGUGCAUGGGCCGUGCGCCCUGUUGCCGGCGUCCUUGCCGCAAGACUUCGUGCCCGUCAUCUUCGACGUGAUCAGCAACCAGUUCUUGAAUCCCAACGAGCCUCCGCCGGCUUACUGGAACCUCGUCCAUGAACGUCCGCCGUGCAAGCCCGCCGCGUUUUUGCCCGCCUCGACGCCCCAAGACCCGCCCCGGUUCGUGUCAUUUCUCAACGGUACGCUGCUGGCGCAACAUUGGCCAAAGAACUUGAUGGUGGACCCGGGCCUGUUCUGUCUGGAUCGAGCCGGUGCGCUGUUGUGCCUGCCCGACGAGCCGAACAAGACGAAAAAGUGCUGCGGCCCAUCAGCGGUGUACAGCGAAGCGAACGGGGGAUGCGAGUUCUCGGGCCGGCACGACGCGGCUGAUCUGCCCGAAGACAUCACGUCCGGGUUCCCGCGAUGCGAGGAUGAUGUGUACAUCUUGUCCGGCCGCAUCAACGAGUCGCAUUGGCCCGUCAGCGGCGCGUGGCCCGCGGGCGGACAGCUGCGUACUGCUGACGGCGUCACACUCCAGCCCCGGGAAUACUGUCUGGAGCGCGUGCUCGAACAGACACAGGAGCCGCGCACGUGGACCGUGUUCACAUGUGCUCCCCGGCACGGUGUCGACCACGUGACCAAGAGCUACCGCGAGGACAUCCGCUUCACCCUUUACCCGCUUGGACUGUUGCUGUCCGUGUUCUUCUUGGCCAUCACCCUGGUGGCCAGCUGCAUGCUGCCCAGCACUUAUCACGUGCUCCAUUGGAGGUGUCAAGUCAACCAUGUCGGCUGCUUACUAGUCGGCGACCUGUUCCUGGCAUUCGUCCAACUGUCCGGUGACUCUUUGCGCGGACCGCUGUGCGUCUUCACAGCCAUUGUAAUGCAUUUUGUCUUUCUGGCGGCGUUUUUCUGGCUCAACACGAUGUGUUUCAAUAUAUGGUGGACGUUUAGGGACUUGAGGCCCGCCAACUUGGAUAAAGGCCAAGAGGCGUGUAGGCUUAGACUGUACCAGUUGUACGCGUGGGGUGUGCCAUUGGUGAUCGCUACGCUAGCCGCUGUAUUGGACCGUAUUCCACCAGAUCAAUACAUGUCACUGAUCAGACCUAAAUUUGGGGAACAUCGUUGCUGGUUCUAUGGUGACGCAGAGGUUUUGUCAUAUUUCUAUGGACCAAUUGGUAUUUUGUUGAUGAUGAAUUUAACAUUGUUCGCGGCCACGGCUAGGGAGUUGACGUGUGGCUUAUGGAGAACCGAAGUAGUGAAAUCUACAAGCGAAAGAGCCACACUGGGUCGCGUGUGCCUGAAACUGGUGAUCGUCAUGGGCAUCACGUGGGUGGUAGACGUACUGUCGUGGGUGAUCGGCGGCCCGGAUUACGUGUGGUACCUGACGGACCUGAUGAACGCGCUGCAAGGGGUGCUCAUAUUCAUAGUGGUCGGCUGUCAGCCACAGGUGUGGAUGGCCGUCAGGCGCAUGUGGUGCCUGCGCACGGACAACCCGUCGGACGGCGGCAACGCCCGUUCGUCCACGUCCAACGCGAAUCCGUCCACUGUCAACGAGUCGACGCUGUCCAAACCGGUGGAGACGCUGUGUUGAUGCCGAUCGCCGCACCGCACUUCGCCGCACACGCACACACGCAAGCACACGCACGCACCACACUCACGUACACGCGAGCAAGCAACCAAGCACAGAAAAAUAGCAAUAAUAUCAUCAUCAUCAUCGUGACACGGCGACGCGCUCGCGUUGUCGCCACUGACCACUGCGCCAGACUCCUGUCGUAUGAUACAAUGUUAUAUACGAGCAUCGAAGUCUGUGUAGCCACUGACGGACUCGCCGACCACAUGUCGGCGUACGACAUGAUAAUCGUUAUGUCAUACAAUUAUCUUAAAAUCUUGCCCGCAAACGGAAUGUUUAGACUGACAAAUCUUGUUUUAUAAUUAUUAAUUUUUUUUUUCUUUAACCAGUAUUAAUAAAUAAGUAUAUCGUAAUUAUAAUGAUGUAUAAUAAUCGAAUUAGGAGGAAAUUUUCACGCACAUUUUAUUAUUAUCUAUUAAUUUUUUUCUCAUUAUUAUUUACUAUUAUUCGUUCACCGUGCUGUUGGUAUACUUUCCUCAUCGACGAACACCUGCAAAGGACCAAAAAUAUUUGUGCAAACGCCUCAGAGCAUUUUCUUCCGACCGAAUCAUCUUAUAUUGACUAUAUUAAAUAAUAAUAUAUCCCUGCCCUUAAUAUUCAUAAUAUGGGUCUUUCUAAUAAUAUAUUAUUAUGCGCUAAAUUAACAGCAAAAAUUGAAAUGUUAUAUUCAUAAAACAUUGUGUUAUAAUAUAUGUGUACGACGAUUUAACUGGUCGACUGUGGCCAAAUCAAUCACCAAUAUAAUAUUACAAGUUAAACAAGAGGUAUAUAACAUACUAUACAAAUGGAAUCUGUAUUGAGAAAUCGUAUCAAUUUUUCAUUUUUAUUUAAAUAUCGAUAAUGCACAUUUUUUUGCCAAUUUGUUUUUAUAUUUCUAUUAUAUUAUACAAAUAUACUCAAUACCAUGGUAAAAUUUCGAUUGCAAAUAAUAUAUAUAAUUCAUAUAAAAAUAUUUGUAGCCUGUGGGUACCUAUACUCUUGAAUAAAUAAUUAUUGAAUCGUCUGCAUUAUUGUUUAAAAUAUAUUAUCGUCUAUAGACGGUAUAUCGUAUUGUAAUAUUAUGAUAUUCUACGUAAAUUAUAUUUGUUCAUCCCAACAUCACCAACAUAUUUUUCAAUUUUAUACACUCAUAAAAUUUCGGAAACAACUAUGUAGGUAUGUGUUUUUUUUUUACUUUUUAACGACUUUUAAUAGUACUUACUAUUAUAUUAUUGUAUAGGGCAGCUAUUUUUUUUUUUUAGUUUAUAUUUUCCCAUCGAAAACAAUUAACUUAGAUUUUAUCUCGUGAAAAAAACCGUAUACAGGCAAUAAUUAAUUAUGCUUUUUGUUUUUGAUAACUAUACACGUUAUCGGCAUAAAACAACGAGUGUCGAUUGUGAAAAAUUGUAUUUUAUUUGUGUUUGUAUUAUUAUAUUAUAUUUGUUUUCCUUGUGGUUAACAUCUUUUUAUAUUAAGUUCCUGUAAGCCUAUCUAAUUUAUUAAUAAUUUUUUAACAAUGAUCUAUUAUUUAUAUUAUAUUGUAAUUUUUUUUUUUAAUAUUAAUAUUAUUAUUUUUUUUUUACCCAAUAAGCCUGAUACCGCGUUAUUUUUGUGAAGAUCUUUAUAGAACUAUGCGUCAGUUGUGAGUUUGUUUUUAAAAUUAUUUUGUAGCAUUUUUUUUUUUUUUGUAAUUUAUAAGAAGUUAUAUUGUGUAAGUCAUCGGAUUAAGACUGUGUAGAUAUGAUGUACCUACCUAUUUAAAAGAAAAGAAAAAUUGACGGAGUUGUUAAAUAUAUUGUAUUUGUAAAUAUAAUAACA